AUGACCGUUGCGGAGGCAGGCUUCGUCUCUGCUUCUGAGGGCACAGUCCUGUUUGAGGCUGCAGCUGGAGAGGCGCUACUCCUCGUCCCAUCCACACAGAUGGCAGGCCAGCACGGGGCGUUUCGACUUCAGCUGUACAGCUCGACUCCUCUCACCGUCCGGCGCCUUGCCGAUGGUCAUCAUGCGCUCGUGCGCGGCGCCUGGACGGCGACUUCUGCAGGGGGCUGCCGCGUUGAGCGCACCUGGCAAUCCAACCCGCAGUACUGCCUCGAGCUCAUUCCUCCCGUGGAUCAGAUCCGAAUCACUCUCAGUCGCGCCUCAACCGCGAACACGCGCGCAAAAUCGAACGCUCUCAAGCCUUCAAUGGUGGACUCAAUGGUGGGCUUCUACGUGCUUCGCUGUUGUUCGAGCGAGACGCCGGCGCCAUUAGACCUCGCGCAAGAGGGGAAGGUGUCGGCCGCAGGCGUAUGGGAGACACCAUUCACCACGGACGCGCGAACGAGCUGCCUACUUCGACUACCAAUGGCAAUGCCAACACCCGCUGCUCGAUACUGGCUCUGCGUGGUGCCAACCACCUUUGCCCCGGGCAUAACCGGGGAAUUCGAUUUAACAGUUUGUUCGAACUCGCCCGUCACGCUCAGGUGUCUCACUGAGUAG